AUGGUGAAAUGUAAAAUUUUACCACCCGCGCAGUUGUACCACCCCGUUCUCCCUGUCAGGAUGAAGGGAAAGUUAAUGUUCGCCCUUUGCAACAGCUGUGGUGAAAGUUCACAGCAGCGUGAGUGUUGCCAUACAGAGGAAGAACGAUUGUUCACAGGGACAUGGGUAAUUGCAGAAGUCGUGAAAGCAUUGGAAAAAGGCUACAGGAUUGUGGAAGUGUUUGAAGUGUGGACCUACGAAACGCGUCAAUACAACCAUGCGGCGGGUCAGCCGGGUUUAUUCACAGAAAUGAUGAAUAAAUUCAUCAAAAUUAAACAGGAAGCCUCCGACUGGCUCGCGGAUUGCAUAAACGAUGUGGUGAAACAACAACAAUAUCUGGUGGAUUUUGAAGAAGCUGAAAAAGUGAAGCUAACACCGGAACGCAUCGAAAAUAACCCUGGUCUUCGAUCCCUCGCCAAAUUAAUGUUGAAUUCGUUCUGGGGAAAGUUUGGACAACGUGAAAACCAACCACAAACGACCAUCGUCAACGAUCCUCAGGAAUGCUUUGAUCUCCUUGCGCAUCCGUCGAAGAAUGUCAACAGUAUAACUCCUGUGAAUGAACAAACUGUUGUAAUCAACUGGGAGUACGCCGACGAGGCUGUGGAAUCUCUGCCUACUGUGAAUGUGGUAAUUGCAGCUUUUGUUACAGCACAGGCCCGUUUGAAGUUGUACGAAUAUCUAGAGAUGUUGGAUACACGAGUUUUAUACUACGACACCGAUUCCGUUAUCUAUGUGUCAAGCAGCCAUUUUCCAGAUCCCCCGACUGGAAAAUUCAUUGGGGACAUGACCGAUGAGCUGGAGGCUUACGGUAUCGGUUCCUACAUCACGGAAUUUGUUUCGGGCGGGCCGAAAAAUUACGCAUACUCGGUGUGGUCAACGACGAAGCAGUGUAUCGAACAUGUUUGUAAGGUGAAAGGGAUCGCCUUAACAUACAGUGCUUCUCGGCUGAUUAAUUUUGAGAAAAUUAAACAAAUGGUUCUAGAAAAAACAGAUCCCAUUCAUUUGACGUCGAUGAACUUUGUGCGGACAAAAGAUCAUCGUGUAGUAACCAAAGAGGAGACAAAGACCUACAGAACGAAUUCAACGAAGAGACUCUUCAUGGAUGACAACAGUUCUCGGCCAUUCGGGUACAAGGUCCCUAGGAACUAAUUAAGUGGAAAUUAAAAAUUAAUAUAAUAAUAUAAAAAAAAGGUAACUUUGAAUUAUUAAUAUUAUAUAGAUAUAUAUGGUACAUACAAUUUGUCUAUUUUGUUUUUGAUAUAUUCAACGCGUACAACCGGGUGAGAAACGGACUUGUACACUCAGCUUACAUCGCAGCCACCACAACUACACUUAUGAGCCUCAGUCAAAUAAUCAAUCACAAAAAAAAGGUGUAUCACUACAAAAAUUACCAUUGAAUAAUUAAUAUUGUAUAUGUAUGUUUUCUGUUUAGAAACACGGUAUUUGCAGCAAUCAACGACUGGGAUUCGAAAGCAACAACGAAAGAAAGAACUUUUUCACCUCUUUUUCAUGUAUCGAAAUAACAAAAUGUAUAAUAAAUUGUAAUAUAAAUGUACAAUAAUAAUAAUAAAUUGUUAACUUAUUGAUAUGUUUUUGUUUUUAAUAUGUAAUAAAUCAUAAUUAUAAAUUAAUUGCAUUUUCAUUCACUCUUGCGUCUUCCUACGUUUUUUGGCCUGAGGUGGCCCACGACUCAUACACUCGUGACGUCACUUCUACGCUUUUGGUCUGAAGUGGUCCACGAACAGGUAAAAUAAACAAAUGCGCGCAUACGCGUCUUCCUUCGCUUUUGGACUCAAGUGGCCCACGAAAGGUGCGCAUGUCAUACACUCAUGACGUCACUUCUACGCUUUUGGUCUGUGGUGGCCCACGACAAGGGUGGCGCUUGCCCACAUACCGACAAAGGCUAUAAACCAUCACAAACAGAUGAGUGGC